AUGGAUUUCUACAGCUUGUAUGACUAUUCCAAUGGUACAGACUAUCUCUACUAUAAUUACUCCAUGUUUGAGGAGUUUAAUUACUUGUUUGAAGACGGGCUGCCACCAGUCUCAUAUGUGAUUGCAUGGAUUGUGAUAUGGAUAUGUUUCCCUCUGAUCUUACUGGCAAUUUACGCUCUUCAUUCUCUGAUCCGUGAUGACAAUGUUGCACCAGUCUAUGUCAUCAAUCUCCUCAUCUCUGACAUCAUCCAGAUUUGUUGCUUUGGGAUCUGGACAGGAACAGGACGCAGGUUCUCCAGGGUCAUCUACGUCUCCAUAUUGAUCUACUACUUUGGUGUGUUGGCCAGCGUUGGCUUCAUGAUGUGUGUUGCCCUGGAAAGGUUUCUGGUCGUCGCCUGCCCGCUGUGGUACCGCUUCAGACGAAGUGUCAGGUUCUCUGCUGUGGUCUCCUUUGUGGUCUGGAUUACGUGUCUCAUUGAGCUUCUUGUUGCAUUGCUGACGUCUGACUUGUACCAGCUCAUUUUCCGAUUUAUCUUCCUCCUCCUCCCCCUUCCUCUUCUCACCUUCUUCCUAGCUGGGACAGUUAAAGUUAUAUCUUCUGCUAGAUCCGUCCCUUCUGAGGAAAAACGUAGAAUUGUAGGAAUUUUAGUCCUGGUGCUUCUCAUUUACACUUUGCUGUUCAUGCCCUCAGUCAUCCAGCUCCUGAAGAUGAUAUUAUAUAGAUAUCCGCUCUAUAGAACUGAAGAUUCUUACUAUGGCUUCCACUUAUCGUUCCUUCAGUUCAGUCCUCUGGCAGAUUUAGUUCUGUAUGUCUUCAUGAGAAAAGGAGCUCCAGACAAGCUGCUGGCCUGCCUGUGUUGUUGUAAUGUAAUGAAAGAGGAAGGAGGAGGCCAAAGCAGUGACAUGACCACCGAGGACAUCUCCUCUGUGCAGGUGCUUUCAUAA